AUGAUGGAGUACAUGGAGGAUAAGUUUGCCUUGAAAAGCCAAGCGAUUAAGGCCAGCGAUUACUACAUGGACCAGGUCAUGGAGAGCUUGGACAGCGCGCAGUACUUCACCAAGACUUCCCCCAAAUGUGUGCAGGCCUUCGGGCUUCAGAGCAGCGACCACCGCUCGUCACCCUGCGGAGACCAAAACGCAAAUUACGGAGUGCCAAAAACGGAAGAGGAAAACUUGCACUCGGACCUCGGCAGGUCGAUGGACAAUUGUUGCAAUCUGAGGGCGUCCCCGGUGACAAGCGGAGCGGAGAAGACGGAUUUGGACGACAUGGGGGACAAGUGCGACAGUAACGUGUCCAGCAGCAAGAAGCGGAGACACCGGACUACCUUCACCAGCGCGCAGCUGGAGGAGCUGGAGAAAGUCUUUCAGAAAACUCACUAUCCAGAUGUGUAUGUGCGGGAACAGCUGGCCAUGAGGACGGAAUUAACAGAGGCCAGAGUGCAGGUGUGGUUUCAAAACAGAAGAGCAAAGUGGAGGAAAAGAGAGCGCUACGGGCAGAUCCAGCAAGCCAAAACUCACUUUGCAGCCACCUACGAUUUAUCAGUGUUACCGAGGACCGACAGCUACACACAGAUCCCCAACAACCUGUGGCCCAGCCCAGCCCCUGGCGGCUCCGUGGUGUCCUCCUGCAUGCUGCCCCGAGGCUCCCCUCCCUGCGUCACUUCCUACUCGCACUCUCCCCGUUCGGCCGCCGGUGCCGCCGACCACGGCUACGUGGGCUUCCCCAAUCAGCAGAACCAGUUCGGCCACGUCUCCCUCAACAACUUCUUCAGCGCCGACUCCCUCCUCACGCCGGCUCCCAACGGCCACCACGCCUUCGAGACUAAGCCAGAGUUUGAGAGGCGUUCAUCCAGCAUCGCCGUGCUGCGCAUGAAGGCCAAGGAGCACACGGCCAACAUAUCCUGGGCCAUGUGA